AUGAACAUCCUUCAGACUCUUAUCCUGGUCCUGACACUACGAGUAGCUGGCGUCUCUUCACUUCCUGGCCCUUUGAGGCUAGCAGCCACGUUCUCUCGAAUUUCAAACGAGCUCGACCACAUUAGUCUAGGGAAUUGCUCCCUCUCGAGUGCGAUUCUCCCGCUAAAUGGUACGGCAAUCAAGCUUCCUCAGCCUUCAACCGGGUUGAAUCUCAAAUACGUUGCUAUUGGCCGAGGAACUCAGAACUAUACCUGCGAAAACUCUACAUCCUCCGCGGCACCCGUAUCUGUUGGUGCAGCAGCCACUCUUUUUGAUGCCUCUUGCAUUGCAUCGAAAUCUUUGACUUUGUUGCACGAGAUGCCUGCUGUUAUCGGAGAGACACCGACUGGAUCGCUUGCGUUUCUAGCACAGCUCUUGAGCCAUACCACAAAUUCCUCUGACCUCAUCCUCGGGGAGCAUUACUUCAACGCCGCAGGAUAUCCUGUACUUGACCUGAGGCUGAGUGGCUCUCACGACUGGGUGGUCGCCACAAAGAAUGCAUCUGUGGAUGCACCCCAAAUCAACAAUUCGACAUGCCAGAACGUUGCUUGGCUAGAACUCGAUCGUGAACUUGGAAACUGCUCUGGAAGCGGCAUUGAGAAAGUUUACCGUGUCAAUACAUACCAGGGAUCUGCACCUUCAACCUGUGCUGGAUUGAAUGAGACGGUCGAAGUACAGUAUGCAGCGGAAUACUGGUUCUUUGGGUGA